AAAAAUUGAAGCCAUGAAGAAGCGGCAGCAGCUCUGGUCGUUUCCACUCUCUCCAUUCGCUUCCUCUCCCUCCUUAUUCUCCUUCCUCUCCCCCUACUACUCUUCCUCCCCCGCAGCCUCCGCCGCCAUUCCGGACGCCUUCGACUCUUCCUCCACCUCCUCCGAAACCGACGCCGGCCACCUCCUUCCCCUCUCCUCGAUCUUACUCAAGGACCUCCUCCUCAAGAGUCCGCGUGGGCUCCUCGUCCUCGACCUCCUCGAUUCGGGCUCCCUCCGUCCCACCGCCGACCUCUACUCCCUCCUCUUUAAGCGAUGCGGCGACUCGAAGCGGAUCGAAGAGGGAAGGCUCGCCCAUUCCCACCUUCUUCGGUCCCGAUUCCACUCCGAUAUCUUCCUCCACAACUCGAUCGUCAAUAUGUACUGCAAAUGCGGAAGCUUGGACGAGGCGCGUAAAGCGUUCGAUGAUAUGCCCCUGAGGGACAUGGUCACCUGGACCGCCCUCAUCACGGGCUACGCCCAGAACAACAGGCCGAAUGAAGCGCUGGCGUUGCUUCCGGAGAUGCUUCGGCUUCGGAUGGCUCCGAAUGGGUUCACCUUCGCCAGCCUCUUCAAAGCCUGUGGAGCUGCUUCAGUUGAUAAGCAUGGGGAAGAGAUCCAUGCUCUGAGCGUGAAGUCUGGCUGCACCUCGGAUGUGUACGUGGGCAGCGCAAUACUAGACAUGUACGCUCGUCGUGGAAGGAUGAAAGAUGCCUGCUUGGUGUUCGACCGGUUGCAAUCAAAGAACGAGGUAUCAUGGAAUGCGUUGAUUGCAGGCUACGCGAGGAGAGAAGAAGGCGAAAUGACCAUGAGAAAGUUCUCAGAGAUGCAAAGGAGCUGUUUUAAGGCCACACAUUUCACCUACUCGAGCAUCUUUAGCGCUUGCGCUGGUCUUGGUGCACUAGAGCAAGGAAAGUGGGUGCAUGCUCAUAUGAUAAAAUCUGGACAGAAGCUUACAGCUUUCGUCGGCAAUACACUUUUAGACAUGUAUGCAAAGUCGGGAAGCAUUCAAGAUGCGAAGAAAAUCUUCGAUCGACUGUCUAAGCGAGAUGUUGUUUCUUGGAAUUCAAUGCUUACUGGGUAUGCUCAGCAUGGGCUUGUCAAGGAAGCAAUCCACUGGUUUGAGGAGAUGCGUAGGCUUGGAGUCCAGCCAAAUCAAAUUACCUUCCUCUGCAUCCUUACUGCUUGCAGCCAUGGUGGAAUGGUGAGGGAAGGACAGUACUACUUCAACUUGAUGGUAAGAUGCAGCGUGGAACCGGAGAUUGAGCAUUAUGUAACAAUUGUUGAUCUUCUUGGCCGAGCUGGUCUUCUUGCUCGUGCACGGACAUUCAUUGAUGAAAUGCCCAUUCCAUCUACUGCUGCUGUUUGGGGAGCUUUGCUUGGUGCUUGUAGGAUGCACAAGAAUGCAGAGUUAGGGAAAUUUGCCGCUGAGAAGCUAUUUGAACUCGACCCGCAUGAUGCCGGUCCUCAUGUGUUGCUUUACAACCUCUAUGCGUGUACUGGUAGAUGGACUGAUGCAGCUGAAGUGAGGAAAAUGAUGAAAGUUGGUGGAGUUAAGAAGGAGCCUGCUUGUAGUUGGGUGGUGAUCGAAAACUCUACCCACAUGUUUGUAGCAAAUGAUGAUUCCCAUCCAAGAAUGAAGGAGAUAAAUGACAUGUGGGAGAAAAUUGAUGCAAAAAUCAAGGAAGUGGGAUAUGUUCCGGACACAAAUUAUGUGCUAUUACAUGUGGAUGAACAUGAACGGGAAGCAAAAUUGCAAUACCACAGUGAGAAACUGGCUCUUGCAUUUGCUCUACUCAACAAGCCCCCUGGGGCACCUAUUCUAAUUAUGAAAAACAUCAGGAUGUGCGGCGAUUGUCAUUCCGCAAUUAAGCAUGUCUCCAAGGUAAUGGAGAGGGAGAUCACUGUGAGGGACACCAAUCGGUUUCAUCAUUUCAGCAGAGGUUCUUGUUCAUGUAAUGACUACUGGUAAGAAGAAACUACUUAAGAAUGGCUUGAGAGGAUAUCAUAUUGUUCAAUGGAACAGGCAUGCAAUAUCAUCUAGCUUAUGAAUUAUUUGAAGCUGUGCAUGAUUAGCCAAGAAAGAUGAUUGCCCAGAUUAUUUGAGCUAGCUUUCUGCUGCCUUUGUCAGGAUACCUCACAGUUUACCUUCCAUAUCCUAACGUUAUCUAGCAACUCUGAAGAAGGAAUACCAGUGAUUCCCUUGUCAAGAAGAGAAUGGAGCUCUUCAACCCAUAUGCCAAACUAGUCGGAAGUUUUACAAGGUAUCCAACCGAUUAAUCUUAGAGGCGAUUAAUUUAGUUCCAUGAAAGUUUUUCAAGCCACCAAGAUAAAUCCAGAAAACACCAAGUGGUCUGACAAUCCAGCCGAACUUUCUGAAAUUAAUCACACUGUGCGAAUACCUUGCUAGGAAUUGAUCCUAGAUGUUCUGUGCCACUAUUACCUUGCCACUUGAGCGGUGCCCGGGGGCCAUUUAAGGGUUUACUUGGAACUAGCAUCAGUUGCCAAGUGAUAAUAUGUGAUGUUUGAAGAGAGAGGCCUAUGCAAUGCACAAUGCUCUUUUGUGCUUCAUUUUUUGUGGAUGCUGCCUCAGGCUGUUCUCAGUUUAGCUGAUUGCUCCGGAUCAUCAUCUUUGUUGGUUUCAUAAUGAGGUCAGAUUUUGAUAUGUUGUUCUUAGCAAUUACUUAUUUCAAUUCUAAGGCUAGAAAGUAUAAAUAUUUUGAAGAUACAUGGCAAAUCAUACAAGUCAUAAAAAAUGAAGAUACUAUCAUACUAGAUACAAAGAACAAGAUUAAAUUGCAGGAUAAGUUAAAUAUCAGCUAAUCCAACAAGAACACACUUUACAAACCGCCAAAAAAAGCUAAAACCAAAAUCCAUGAUGACUUCUGGUGGAUUUGAGGUUUGGCUAAUUAAAAUAUCGGAGUUUCCUUGGAGCUAAAACAGCC